CCCCUCCCUCUCUCUCUAUCUAACACUGUCACCCACUCUCACAAAAUCAUGGCUGACAGAAACAGCCGGUUAAGUGCUAAGAAGAAAGAGAAGAAGGUGGAAAACAAAACCAACGAUGAGAAGGAUAAAGGACAUGGGAAGGAAAAAAGUGUGAAAAGGCCUGAGAAAGUUGUGAAGAAGCCGGAGAACACCCCAGAGAAGCCGGAGAACACCCCCGAGCAGCCGAAGACGGAAGAAGAGAAGAGGAAUGGGGAAAGCGCAGGGGCCUCAGGAGCCGAGGUGGCCAACAGUGAGGAAAAACCAGAGUUUCAGCCCAUAGAGCUGCCGCCGUUUGAGAUUGUCACAGGGGAGCAGAUGAGCCAGUUUUACUUCAAGUUUCAGUUCAGGAACGUGGAGUACUCAUCAGGGAGGAACAAAACCCUCCUGUGCUUCAGAGUGGACACAGCAGGAGGCAGCGUGGAGCCUCUGAAAGGUUAUAUGGAGGAUGAACAUGCCACGGCUCAUUCUGAAGAAGCCUUCUUUCAGCAGGUGCUCCCUAACGCUUCACAGGAGUAUGAUGUUACAUGGUAUGUAUCAUCCAGUCCCUGCUUGGCUUGUGCAGCUAAGCUGGCCAGCAUCCUUCAGCAGCGCAAAAAGCUGCGCCUCUGCAUAUUCUGCUCCCGUCUCUUUGAGUGGGAGCAGCCUGAGAUAGUAGAGGGGCUCCGAGCUCUGGUGAGCGCUGGCUGCAAACUGCGGAUGAUGAAGCCGUCCGACUUUGUGCACGUUUGGGAGACGUACGUGGACAAAGAUGAGGAGAGCUUUACACCCUGGGAGGACUGUCAGGAGAACUAUGAGUACUAUGUGGACAAACUGGCUGACAUCCUCAAGUAGAUGUGCACAAGAUCUCCCCACUGACUCAACCACAAAUAAGCCUUCUUGUGAAAUCACCACUUUUUGAACAUGUGUUUCUUGCAGUCACAUUUUAUGGUGCAUAUCAAUCAAUAUUAGUUUUAAUGAACUCUGGGGGCAACAUUUUGUAUUUUUUAUUUUGAUAAUUUUGUUGAGAGACACAAAAAUGAUUGAAUUUCUAGAUAAAUAUGUAUUGUAUACAGUUUCCAACCGGCAGAGCAACAACAUUCACUGCUGAAUCAUUUAUUACAUUAAAUACGUUUUGGAGAAAGUUAACUUA